AUGCUCUUUCACUGGUUUCGAUGUGGCCACUUUGCAGAGCGAGGGCGAGUCAAGCACUUGACACUCCGUUUUCUCGGAGCCCAUUCAUCAACGGUAGUACAGAUCGAAUCAGAAAAAAACGAUGAUGGUUCUGUAUCUGCCACGACAUUUGCGAGCUUCGUGCUCAAGUGCGGAUUAUCUAAGAAGACGCUGCACAAGAAGCUUUAUCCUUACGAGUUUGGACAAAGUGCACGGGCUGGCGAGUACCCCAUUGCAGUUGCUGCGUCUGGAGGCGCUGAUAGCAUGGCAUUAAUGCUGUUGCUGCGAGAAUAUUUGCAGGAAAAUUGCAUCACGACCCCACUGUUAGUGAUUACGGUGGACCAUCAGUUGCGGCAUGAAAGCAGUAAGGAAGCGUUAGAAGUUGCGAAGAUUUGUGACGAUCACGGGGGUAUGCAUCAUAUAACGAAAGUAUGUGAAUGGUACCGUGAGGCUGAUUUGUCAAGGCCAGCGAAACCACGCGACAGCAAGAUGGAGGAGCAGGCACGACAGAAGCGGUACGACUUGUUACGACAAGCUUGUUUAGAGCACCGAGUGCGCUGUUUAUUUGUGGGUCAUAAUUAUGGCGACCAGAUCGAGACGACGCUAUUUCGCCUUGGGAGGGCGAGCAGCAUUAAUGGGUUGGCAGGGAUGGCAAGCCGAUUGCCAUUCAUUCCAGCUGAUGAAUCAUUCGCUCGUUCUCGUGAGACUGAAGACCUGAAGCUAUUCAAUAUGGCAGUGCUUAUACGGCCAUUACUUUCUGUAACAAAGGACAGAUUGAUGGCAACCUGCAAUCGAUUUCAGCAAACGUGGAUACACGAUCCCUCGAAUGAUAACCCCGUGUACGACCGUGUUCGCAUACGUCAGGAACUAAAGCGGGUGGAAAGGGAACGAGGAACGGCUAUUCUAGAUUUAUUCUCUAGAUUCCAGCAGACUGCUAAGAAGGCGAAAAAAGAGUUUGCAUGUGUUGAACGAUCCAUACUUUGCAAAUACAUUGUGAUAUGGGAGCCAGAAUUUGUUGUCAUACAGUCGACAAUUCUUUACGAUCCAGAGAUAUUCAACGAGCUGCUCUAUCGGUUGCUUUCAAUUAUUACUGUACAUGUUGGUAAUAAGGAAACACCUCCUCGAUUGGCAUCCGUGGCUCGUCUUGCACGCGAUCUACCACAUUUAGAGACAGGAAAACAGCGCACAUUAGGCGGAUGUCGGAUUCAACUCAUUGCCAAUGGCCAUCAGAUACAAUUUCAGUCCGAGUACAAAACGAAAUAA